AUUAUUGUAUUAAUUUGAUUGUAUGAAAGGCUUCCCAAGAGUGACACUUGUAUCACCAAAAUGCUGUCUAGGUAGGCAACUUGCCAAGUUUUACCAUCUUAACACUAGAUGGUGCCAUUGUUUAAAAAAUCUUACUGCAAUCUUUUGUCUAUUUUUAAUUACAAGUUGGAAGAAUAUAGAUGUGUAGCGUACAUUAUGAUAUAGAUGAUGCAUCUCCACUUUACAACAACUUUUUUUAUAUAGUCAUUUUCACAUUACACAUUGCAUUAUUAGUUUUAUCAAGAGGAAUGCAUUACAACACCAGUGAGCUAUAGCCAAAAACUACAAGAACUCAAGACAUUUUAUACAUAGUCUCUAAAGAAAUACCAUAUCCAGAAAAAACAUUAUGUUACCAUGUCCAAUAAACAAUGGUAAUGACAGUUUGGUUACUUAAACAAUGCAAAAGAGUUGCUAACAUUUAAGUGCAAUUAAAUGUAAACUUCAGAUGAAUUCUCAAAGUAUACGCUUGUAAUUCCCCAACCUAAUGUGUAAAGCAAUAACGUAUCUGUGUUUGUGGGCGCGGUUACCUUAAUUAAUUCACUCUUCUGCCCAAUCACCACUAAAGUAGGAGGUGUCAAACCGAUCAAGGCGCGCGCCCGGGCACGGAGACCGUAACUCGGUCCGGGAUUCAGCGUAGAGUAAUGACAGUCCCAACGCAGUCACAUUUAGACAAGGACUAACUCUUGUUCACCUUUGUCAUUUGAUGUGCUGAAGCAAUUUUACUUGCAGAAAUAAACCUAAGAGCGCAACUUUAAACCAUGCGUCCUACGUGAACGGUUGCGGACGUUUGACAGCUCGCCAAGGGGACAAUCGCUUGGACAUGUGAAGAAAUGGAUAUUCAGCCUCUUCAUCUGAUCAAGAUGCGAUCUCACAUCCUUAUCUUCAUCCUCACUGCUCUGCUCGUUCUCCAGUGCGCCUCGCAGUCAGUUUGUCCCGGGACUGAUAACAAACUCAGCACUUUGUCUGAUUUGGACCAGCAGUACAGAACUCUUCGUAAGUUCUAUGAGAACUGUGAAGUUGUCAUGGGAAAUCUGGAGAUCACCAGUAUUGAACGCAACCGCAACCUGUCGUUCCUCAAGUCUAUCCGGGAGGUGACGGGUUACGUGUUGGUGGCCCUAAACCAGUUUGAUUAUCUUCCUCUGGAGAACCUGCGGAUCAUCCGUGGAACCAAACUCUACGAGGGGCGUUACUCGCUGGCCAUCUUUCUCAACUACAGGCGAGACGGAAUAUUCGGCCUCAGACAGCUCGGGCUGAAGAAUUUGACAGAAAUCUUGAAUGGAGGUGUGUAUGUGGAUCAGAACAAGUUCUUGUGCCACGCUGACACAAUCCACUGGCAUGACAUCAUCAAGAACCCACGGUCUGAACUUCUGGUGGUUCCUGCCAACAACAGUGGAAACACAUGCAGAAGAUGUCACAGAUCAUGUAAUGGACGAUGUUGGGGUCACCAGGAGGAUCAGUGCCAAAGCUUAACAAAGACGGUAUGUGCAGAACAAUGUGAUGGGCGAUGUUAUGGUCCGUACGUCAGUAACUGUUGUCAUCGCGAAUGUGCAGGCGGCUGCUUCGGACCCAAAGACACGGACUGCUUCGCUUGUACAAAUUUCAAUGACAGUGGAGCCUGUGUGACACAAUGUCCUCAACCAUUCGUCUACAAUCCAACAACCUUCCAGCUUGAGCACAAUCCUAAAGCCAAAUACACAUACGGAGCCUUCUGUGUCAAAAAAUGCCCACAUAACUUUGUGGUGGAUCACAGCUCAUGUGUUCGAGCCUGUCCAAGCAACAAGAUGGAAGUCGAGGAGAAUCAAAUCAAGAUGUGCAUCCCAUGCACGGACAUCUGUCCAAAAGUGUGUGAUGGUAUAGGUACUGGGAGUCUUCAAAUGGCUCAAACUGUAGAUUCCAGCAACAUUGACAAGUUUGUCAAUUGCACCAAGAUCAAUGGUAACCUCAUCUUCCUCAUCACAGGCAUCAAAGGUGAUAUGUUUCACGGUAUUGGAGCUCUAGAUCCCGAUCGACUGAAUGUAUUCCGCACUGUAAGAGAAAUCACAGGUUUCCUGAACAUCCAGUCUUGGCCGGAAAACAUGACAGAUCUUGGAGUUUUCUCAAACCUUGCCACAAUUGGAGGACGGUCUCUUUAUAGUGGUAUUUCUCUACUGAUCCUGAAACAGCGCUGGAUCUCUUCACUGCAGUUUCAGUCUUUGAAAGAAAUCAGCGCUGGUAACGUUUACAUUACCAACAACAGUCAGUUGUGCUUCUACAACACGGUGAACUGGACCGGGCUUUUCCGCACCAACACCCAAAAAGUCUUGAUCAAAAACAACAGAGACCCCAGAGAGUGCAUUAAAGAGCAGAUGGUCUGUGAUCCGCUGUGUUCAGAAGCAGGCUGCUGGGGAUCAGGUCCAGAUCAGUGUCUCUCGUGUAAAUCCUUUAGCCGGGGCAGAACCUGUGUCAAGUCCUGUAACCUGUUUUAUGGUGAUGUUCGAGAAUAUGCCAACGGCUCGGUCUGUGUUCAGUGUGACAGCCAGUGUGAGAAAGUCGGAGAUAAAAGUUUGACUUGCCACGGCCCGGGUCCAGACCACUGUGUGAAGUGUUUGCAUCUGAAAGAUGGGCCCAACUGCGUAGAGAAAUGCCCCGAUGGUCUACAGGGAGCAAACAGCUUCAUCUUCAAAUAUGCUGAGAGCAACAAAGAGUGUCACCCCUGCCACCCCAACUGUACUCAGGGGUGCCUUGGACCGAGAGUACAAGAUUGUGUUGGUAUGCUGGAUAGGACUCCUCUGAUCGCAGCUGGAUUAAUCGGGACUCUCUUUGUGAUGGUCGUCAUUGCUCUGGGUGUAGCUGUUUGCGUUCGGCGAAAGAGUAUAAAGAAGAAAAGGACUUUACGGCGCUUCUUAGAAACAGAGCAGUUGGUGGAGCCACUGACGCCCAGUGGUGCGGCGCCCAACAAGGCACAGCUGCGUAUACUGAAGGAAACCGAGCUGAAGAGGGUCAAGAUUCUGGGUACCGGAGCCUUCGGCAUGGUUUACAAGGGAAUCUGGGUUCCAGAAGGAGAAACUGUGAAGAUACCAGUGGCCAUAAAGAUACUCAAUGAAAGCACGGGACCAAAAGCCAAUGUGAAGUUUAUGGAUGAGGCGCUGAUCAUGGCCAGUAUGGAGCAUCCUCAUCUGGUGCGUCUGUUGGGGGUCUGUUUGAGUCCCACUAUUCAGCUGGUCACUCAGCUCAUGCCUCACGGCUGUCUGCUGGAUUAUGUAUACGAACACCAGGAGAACAUCGGAUCUCAGCUGCUGCUCAACUGGUGCGUGCAGAUCGCCAAGGGUAUGAUGUACCUGGAAGAGAGACGUCUGGUGCACAGAGACCUGGCUGCACGUAACGUCCUGGUGAAAUCUCCAAACCACAUUAAGAUCACUGACUUUGGCCUCGCUCGACUGCUGGAUACAGAAGAAAAGGAAUACAGUUCAGAUGGAGGCAAGAUGCCCAUCAAGUGGAUGGCAUUGGAGUGCAUUCACUAUAGAAAGUUCACACAUCAAAGUGAUGUAUGGAGCUACGGAGUGACUAUCUGGGAGCUGAUGACGUUUGGAGGAAAGCCAUAUGACGGGAUUCCCACCCGUGAGAUUCCUGACAUCUUGGAGAAGGGUGAACGUUUACCCCAGCCACCUAUCUGCACCAUAGACGUCUAUAUGGUGAUGGUGAAAUGCUGGAUGAUUGAUGCCGACAGUCGGCCUCGAUUCAAAGAACUCGCCGCAGAGUUCAGCCGAAUGGCACGGGACCCUCAGAGAUACCUGGUCAUACAGGGGGACGAUCGCAUGAAACUUCCCAGCCCCAACCACGGUAAGUUCUUCCAGAGUCUUAUGGAUGAGGAAGAACUUGAUGACCUGAUGGAUGCAGAGGAGUACUUGGUUCCUCAGACCUUGAAUAUCUCAACAUCCUCUUACGUGUCAAGACCGCACGUGGAUUCUAGCAGAACUCAACUGAGGUGUCGUGAAAGAGUUUUUUGUUCAGAUGAUGGGAUGGGAGCUUGUUCCCGUGACUCUGUUGGUUCGGCUGGUGGAGUCUUCCUCCCAGUAAGCACACAAGGGGCAGGACUGGAGUCUCUGGAGGAACAGCAUUGUAAUGGAAGUUUAAAGAAACAGCCCCCGCCCGGAUUAGGGGAUGAUUGUGAUGGCCAGCGCUAUAUCGCGGACCCAACUGUCUUUCUAGGAGAGAGAGGAAUAAAGAGCAAUGGUGAAGAAGAUGAUUACAUGAGUCCUAUGAACAAGUCAGCUUCAGACCAUCUCAGUCCUGUUGAGGAAAAUCCUUUCGUAUCCCAACGGAGGAAUGGGAAUGUUAAUGCACUGGACAACCAGGGUUACCACAGCACCCCUGACAGAACUCCUAAAUGUGAGGAUGAAUACAUCAACCAGCCUCUUUACCUCAACGCAUACAACACCGCCGGCGGGCCAAACCCAGAGAACCUAAGGAAAAAUGGAGUUUCCAUGCCACUGCAGUUGACAACAGCAGCCAACACGGCAAGCAGUCAUGUUAUCCUCACCACGCAAACUGGAAAAGCCCAUAACCACGGCCAGGGAACACAUGUUCAUUUUGCCAUUCCACCUGUUCAGCCUCCCCAAGCAAGAUUAAUGAGCCAGAAUGGACAGCAUUCCCAGACGCCGCUUGCCUCUGAAUCCAGUUCCUCCGGCAAGCCUGGCAAUCCUUCUCUGUUAACUCAAAUCUCAGUCGUCAGCCAACAGAUCCAACCUUGUCUGGCGAAUCCUUCCGGUUGUUUAACCCAACCCAAUUUGACACAAGUAAAGUCCACAAUCGCAAGCAAAACAGUUUCUGGUCUUCCCGGACACCUUGUUUAUCCAGGUAACGUGCUUCAGACGGGCCAUACUGGGACUGUAAUGGUUGAUAGAAAAUCGAAGAAGAAUUUCGAUAACCCUGACUGCUGGCAGCACAGUCUACCCCCCAAAGUGACCCAACUAAACCCUCAAGACCCUUUGCAGGGUUGCAAAAGCAAGCAUCUUUACAGGCACAGUGUGCGAGGUCGCGAUGCCGUGGCUGAAAAUCCGGAAUAUCUCUCUGAAUUUAAAAAGAGACCAGGACCGGUUCUGCCACCUCCACCCUAUCGGCACAGGAAUACCGUAGUGUAAACUGAUUUCUUUACCAACAAGUUCUUGUUUUCCUAGCAUGAUAUUUGGAUUUACAAAAUAAAGGAAAACUGUCAACGUCAGUAUUCAUUGCAGGAGGUAUUAAUGAAGAAACAAAUAUAAGAGGAUAUCGGAUUUAAAGGGAAAACUGAUCUACCAAAGUGCCUCUAUUACACAAUUUCUAUUUUAACAAUCAGAAUCUAACCAUUCAAACCAUCUCCAUCCCUUAAUCUAAACUCCACUCAUUUUCCAACAGACUUGAAGUAACAUCCCAGAUAGCAAGCAACCAUUGAAAUAAUGUUAACAAUUUGUCAAUGUUAAUCCCAUUGAAUCAAUAUCAGGCCUGCUAUCUUAUUUCAAUAAACCAUGAUUAUGGUUAUCAGUGUUUGCUUUAGUUAAGCCCUUGUUUCAAUAGUUGCUUGCUAUCUGGCAAGUGAUGUUAUUAAAACUGGUGUACACCUUGACGAACAUCUAGAAAAGUCUAUGGUAAGAAAAACAAAUCUUGUUUUGGUUUUAGGAAAUACCAUCUGUCCAGUAAAAGAUCAGUUUGACUGCAUCCUUUCAUUGUGUAUUGUGACUCUUUGCAUUAAUCAAUAGAUAUUUCUCUUUAGUUUACCCCUUUAACUUUCGAAACAAAUGACGGACAGGACCUGUACAAAGAGAGAAGUCGCUUACUAUCGAGGAAACUUUAAGAUGUAAACAGGGUCAAAACUGUGCAUUGGUUUCAUUUAUCAUAACCAACAAUUUAUUAAUGGACUAACAAUGGUUGGAUGCUAUUUAUUUUCUUUCUUGUACUUGGUGUUUUUUAAAGAUCCGUUUUGUACACUUAUAUGGGAACUUGAUAUGAUACAGUUAAACGAGAAGCACAUGGGCCGGCCGUACCACAGUGCUUAUAGGGCAAACUGGAAACAAGUGCCUUCCUCAGUGGCACAAAAGCUUUUGUGGUCCAGAGACAGAUUUGAACUGGAAUCUUCAACUGCUGUAUAUAUAUAUAUAUGUGUGUGUGUGUAAAACAAAUAUGAAUAUUAACUACUGAGCCACAUUAUGUGCAAAUAGACU